AUGAGAAAAGCGCGGCCGGAAAAUGGCCGCAAUUGGGUUUGGGAGCGCUGGCCACACUUUCCGGGGCCCCCCGCUCUUCGCUCUUCCUUGAUGUACCCUUUAUUGGUCGCGUUCGUCGUUCCGGCGCUCUUAGUAGCGUUGUUGGGCUUAUUGACGUGUCUGCAUCGGAAUCAGGGCCAUGUGUCGAGCAGUCAGAGUGGGCGCUCCUGGUUCUGGCCCGGUGGCAACUCACAGUAGGUGGAUUACUGUAGUUCAUUGAGCUGGUGGUUGUGUUUGAAUAUGUCAUCGUUUCGUAUGGAAAGGUGUAAUGUAUCGCACGUCAAAACAAUUCUUUCAGAAAAUUGAAAAAACAAGGAAUCUCGGAUCAUUGAUUUUUUUGCGAAGUGCCACAGAAUUAUCGAGCUUGAAAAAUUAUUUUCCUCUUCGAAAAAACAUUUUUCUCGAAAUUCCCUGGGAAAGUUUUCUUUUGUGACUCAAUAAUUCAGCGACAUUUCGUCAAAAAUCAAUGAUCCGAGGUUCCUUGUUUUUUCACUUUUUCUUUGACGUGUAUCGUAUCUUAGUAUAAGUUGAUGACAACAUACAUAUAAGUGCUCUAGGGAAUUAUGGAAAUCAGUCUAAAAUCAGCUGAAGGAUGAAAAUUUUAACAUCAAAUUUUGAUAACUAUAUUGCUUCAGGUUUCAUUUAUAAUAUAUGUAUAAAUAUUUACUAAUUAACAGAAUAAUUUUUUUAACCCCUCAACUUACCUCCUCCCUCUUCAGCUAUCUCCUAAUCCCCAGUUCCCAGCCUGUCUAUGAAACCAGCCUUCAAAUGGACGGCGACAAUUUGCCCAGAUACCAGGAUCUCCGUCUUCCCGUCAAUAAACUCAAGACCGAUCCAUUAACCAAGACCUGGUCUGUUUGA